CUUCUGGUCUCACUUCAUCCAGCAGAGCCUGAAUCGACAGCAGCGCUCCCGCAUGAAGGACGGCAGAGAGGACCGGCCGUGAUCCGACCCGCUCUCCAUCUGUUGAACUUUUUCUGGGGAUGGAUCAACAAGUCUGAGAUGUUCUGCUCACGUUAACGGUGGAUGGCUGCGGAAUGGAGAUAGCCUUGGUGAGUUUUGAGAACGGAGGCGCCAAAGGGAGCGGUGGAGGUGGUGGAGGUGGUGGAGGAGGCAACAAUGCCGAGGAGAGCUGCCGGAACGCGCUGGAUGUGCCUCAGCCGGGCUUCGUUCAAACUGGACUUGGUGAGGACUACGGUAAAGAGCUGAACACCCGAGGGAGUCCUCCUCCUCCUCCUCCUCCUCCUCCUCUUCAUCAUCAUCAUCCUCCUCAUCAGCAGCAGAGCUCGUGGAAAAUCAACGACAUGAACAACACCUUCAGCUGCAGCGAGAACGCCAUGGAUGCGCUUUUACGCGCGGACCACAGUCCUCACCUGUUCGACGAGGACCUGCUGGACAUGGACAUGGACACGGAGAGCAACGAGAGGGUGCUCAUCAACAUAGCCGGGCUGAGGUACGAGACCCAGCUGGGCACCCUGAACCAGUUCCCUGAUACUUUACUCGGAGAUCCCGCCAAGAGGAUCAAAUACUUCGACCCGCUCCGGAACGAGUACUUCUUCGACCGGAACCGGCCGAGCUUUGACGGGAUUCUGUACUUUUAUCAGUCCGGAGGGAAGAUCCGGAGACCUGUCAACGUGUCCAUCGACGUGUUCGCGGAUGAGAUCCGGUUCUAUCAGCUGGGGGAGGAGGCCAUGGAGCGGUUCCGAGAGGAUGAGGGCUUCAUCAAGGAGGAGGAGAAGCCGCUGCCCCAGAACGAGUUCCAGAAGCAGGUCUGGCUCAUCUUCGAGUAUCCGGAGAGCUCGAGCCCGGCUCGGGGCAUCGCCAUCGUGUCCGUGAUCGUCAUCACCAUCUCCAUCAUCACCUUCUGCCUGGAGACGCUGCCGGAGUUCAGGGACGAGAGGGAGCUGCCGGUCACCAGCCGGCCGGACAACAGCACCGCGCCCCGGCCGUCCCUCACCUUCACAGACCCCUUCUUCAUCAUCGAGACCACGUGCGUCAUCUGGUUCACCUUCGAGCUGUUCGUGCGCUUCUUCGCGUGCCCCAGCAAAUCCGAGUUCUCCAAGACCAUCAUGAACAUCAUCGACAUCAUGUCCAUCAUGCCUUACUUCAUCACCGUGGGCACGGAGCUGGCGGAGCAGCAGGGCCAGGAGCACCAGAACGGGCAGCAGGCCAUGUCCCUGGCCAUCCUCAGGGUCAUCCGCCUGGUCCGGGUCUUCCGGAUCUUCAAGCUGUCCAGACACUCCAAGGGGCUCCAGAUCCUGGGCCAGACUCUCAAGGCCAGCAUGCGGGAGCUGGGCCUGCUCAUCUUCUUCCUCUUCAUCGGAGUCAUCCUCUUCUCCAGCGCCGUGUACUUCGCGGAGGCGGACGAGCCCGAGUCUCACUUCUCCAGCAUCCCGGACGCGUUCUGGUGGGCCGUGGUCACCAUGACAACCGUCGGCUACGGCGACAUGAGGCCGGUGACGGUCGGCGGGAAGAUCGUGGGCUCCCUGUGCGCCAUCGCCGGAGUGCUGACCAUCGCGCUCCCGGUGCCGGUCAUCGUGUCCAACUUCAACUACUUCUACCACCGGGAGACGGAUCAGGACCAGUCCUCCCUGAAGGACGAGCCCAACAGCGGCCGAACCAGCCCCGAACUGAAGCGCAAGGGCAGCAAAGCGUCGCAGGAGAACGCGGAGAACAACGACGGGACGGCUCCGGUGGAGAAGGCGAACAUUAAAGCGAACAGCAGCGCGGACCUGAAGCGGUCUCUGUACGCCUUCUGCCUGGACACGCGGGAGACCGACCUGUAGCCCCGCACGCACGCACGCACGCACUCACGCACGGAGGCCAGACAAAGUGUUCGUUUGUAGUUGUGUAGAAUAAACUCCCGGUAAUGGGUCUAAAGUGCGCAGCAGAGGAUCAACAGGGAGUUUAAGAGGUCUGCGUGGUAAUCCUCCAUCAGAGUGCACGUGAUGCAACACCUAAAAGUGAGCGUGCAAAGUGGGACAGCACGUCAUCAGGACGGACGGGAUUAACGGGACCAUCAGAACUCUUGUACAUAAAGUAGGAGUCCACAUCCGGUGACCUGAGGCCAAAUCUUUAUUUUCAUACCCUCAUGUUCUCAUGAUGUUUACUCCCACAGUCUGCUGUAGAUUCAAGACACUCAGGUUCUUUCUGACAGAGUCCGACCCGCUCUCACUGGACCUGGAGAUUUUUUAGCCUUCUUUAUGAUUCUUUCACUGUUUUCUUCAAAAGAAAAGACAAAACAUUAAUGAUGGAAGUAUGAGAACCAGCCGAGGACAGAGGACAGAGGACAGAGGACAGAGAGCGUCUGGACCAGAGAUGAAGCCCUGCCCUCCAGCCAUCAGGAGAGUCCAUCCGCCUGCAGGAAUCCCCUCCACCACCAGGACGAACUCACGAAAACUGCUGCUGCACUUCCAAUCAGCAUCCACCACCUUUUUUCUUUAACUCUGUGCCUUCAGCCAAAAUUCACCAGUGAUACUUCUGAAUUUUUCUUUAGCUUUUUGUUUUUUGGCUUUAUUUAGUCUUUUUUUUGUCUUUGGAGCCGGACUCAGAGGAUAAACCUGCCUGAUGUCGGAGGGCCUGGGAUCGUGCUGCUGCUCUCUGGAGAGAAAAAACAAUCAAACUUAACCAGGACAUGCAAAUUUAGUUCAUUUAACGUCCUAACGUAUUCUUUUUUUUCUACUAAUUGUGUCAGUGAUUUACUUCAUAUCAGAAGAAAUCCCUCGCUGUGCAAUAUCAGUUCAUAUUUCUGUGAAGUUGUCAUGUGGACGUAGACUUUGGACAAACUUUUUGGUUUAUUUUUGUAAUGAUGUUUUCCUGAUUUCUAUUUUUCUAAAAUGUGAAUGGUGUGACGACAAACGAGGGGAGAAAAAAAAAGAGAGGGGACGUUUUCGGUUGUUGCUAAAGACGAUUUGUCCGAGUUUAGUUUCGCUCAACUACGUCCCCUCCUGCUCCGACCAGGGCCAAAGCCAUAGCCUAUCUCAGUAACAAUGCACCAGGCGUUUAAACACACCAUACAGCAAGAUGCAUUCAGGGUCUCACAGUCCAGGGCCAACACCACAGGCUCCCCACGUCAGUUCUUCUUAGCUGUUGGACUUUUUGAGCGAUGUUUUUGGUUUCUACUGUAUGUUCAGGGGCUUGAAUCUGAAGUAUUUAGUAUUAUCUACCUUUGUGUGGCCUGUUCUUCUUGCUGUUAUUUCGUACUUCCUCCUACAUAUCAAUCAAACAACUAUAAGUGGCAUGAGUAUGUGUGUGUAAGUGAGAAAAAUGAAUGUGUGAAUUUGCCAGAAUGGAACAUAAAGUACUGUAAAUUCUCAAAUCUUAAAUCCCGGACUCCAAUAAAGGCUUGAUCUACGAUGAAGGACGGAGAUUACCAGAGAUAUGAAUUGGUUAGAUAGAUGCUGCAAACCAGGAAACACCAAAGUUGUACUUGCCCUUCUGCAGGUUGAAGAAGUUCUUCUCAAACAUGGUUAAUUUGAGGAAUCAGCGCUCACUCCAGGUCUAAAAAAAGGUGAAAGAAAAUUAAAGGAGCUACAAGAAACAUCCAUUUUUGUUGAUUCUGGCGCCUCCGUGUCGUGUUUGUAACGCUUCGACCAUCCUAUGGCAAGGCAAGCUAAAGAGCCAGUCUACUUGCUGAUGGUCUGUCCACGUUGGUCAUAUAGAGGCAUCAGUAUUAAACUCAACCAGUUAGAAACAUUCAAGAAGCCAUAUCUUCUGAGCUGUAAAUACAGUUUUUGCCAACGUUCAAUAAGUUUUCACUUUUCUCUUUACAAGGCACGAUAGCAAGGUUUCUCACAAAGUUAGCUUUACUGUCCAUGACUGUUAUACGACCAAGUCUGCAAUCAUACAGCCAUCUUGAGUUGAAAGCUGGCGUCACGAACACAGGGAUGUUUCCGAGAAUGCAGCGUUUUUUGCCAAAAAUCACCAAAAACCACGGCAAAGUUUAC